GGCACAGGAUGGGCUGGCGAGGAGAGUGAGUGCUGGGCUCGCACCGGGAGCCGGGAGCCUGACGUCACCACGCCCUGCCUGUCAAUCUCCAGCGCGCGCCGCUCGCAGCCGCCUUUUCUGCCACCAACUGUAUCUCUCACUCGCGGCGCCGGCACAGCGACAGGCGCCCCGCGCUUGCCUCCUCCCCGGCCCGGCCGCCUCCUGCAGGCAGCUGCUCUGUCCGCGCGGGGAGCUCAGCCCGGCGCCCCGCCUCGGCGCCCAUGACCAGCGACUUCCAGAAGUCCUGACGCCCCAGGGUGCAAAUCCGGCCGCGAUGAACGCGAGCGCCGCCUCGCUCAACGACUCCCAGGUGGUGGUAGUGGCGGCCGAAGGAGCGGCGGCGGCGGCCACAGCAGCAGGGGGGCCGGACACAGGCGAAUGGGGACCCCCUGCUGCGGCGGCUCUGGGAGCCGGCGGCGGAGCUAAUGGGUCUCUGGAGCUGUCCUCGCAGCUGUCGGCUGGGCCACCGGGACUCCUGCUGCCAGCGGUGAAUCCGUGGGACGUGCUCCUGUGCGUGUCGGGGACAGUGAUCGCUGGAGAAAACGCGCUGGUGGUGGCGCUCAUCGCGUCCACUCCGGCGCUGCGCACGCCCAUGUUCGUGCUGGUGGGCAGCCUGGCCACCGCUGACCUGUUGGCGGGCUGUGGCCUCAUCUUGCACUUUGUGUUCCAGUACUUGGUGCCCUCGGAGACUGUGAGUCUGCUCACGGUGGGCUUCCUCGUGGCCUCCUUCGCCGCCUCUGUCAGUAGCCUGCUGGCCAUUACGGUGGACCGCUACCUGUCCCUGUAUAACGCGCUCACCUAUUACUCGCGCCGGACCCUGUUGGGCGUGCACCUCCUGCUUGCCGCCACCUGGACCGUGUCCCUAGGCCUGGGGCUGCUGCCCGUGCUGGGCUGGAACUGCCUGGCAGAGCGCGCCGCCUGCAGCGUGGUGCGCCCGCUGGCGCGCAGCCACGUGGCUCUGCUCUCCGCCGCCUUCUUCAUGGUCUUCGGCAUCAUGCUGCACCUGUACGUGCGCAUCUGCCAGGUGGUCUGGCGCCACGCGCACCAGAUCGCUCUGCAGCAGCACUGCCUGGCGCCACCCCACCUCGCUGCCACCAGAAAGGGUGUGGGUACACUGGCUGUGGUGCUGGGCACUUUCGGCGCCAGCUGGCUGCCCUUCGCCAUCUAUUGCGUGGUGGGCAGCCAUGAGGACCCGGCGGUCUACACUUACGCCACCCUGCUGCCCGCCACCUACAACUCCAUGAUCAAUCCCAUCAUCUAUGCCUUCCGCAACCAGGAGAUCCAGCGCGCCCUGUGGCUCCUGCUCUGUGGCUGUUUCCAGUCCAAAGUGCCCUUUCGUUCCAGGUCUCCCAGCGAGGUCUGAAGGGCUCGCCCCGUGUUCUCUCACCAACACCACACCCCAACAAGCCAGCCUUUGGUAAGCUCGGUGCCUGCUGACGAACUCUGAGAUCCCAAUGGUGUGAGUCUGACUUUGGAAAGAAAAAGGGACUAAAGAGAAAUGCAACAAACUUACAAGGACAAAGAGGCUUGUUGGCACUUUACAUAUACAGUGUAUACAUGUGUACAUAUAUAUACAAAUAUUUGUAUCUUCUGGAGGUGUUCAGGAUGUGGAGCUUCCUAUUCUGUGAAAAACCAAGAAAAAGAUAUGGUUGUAUACUCAAAUUGUACAUCACAUUUGUCAAACGAAGACAUUCCAAUACUGCUUAAUUAUAGCACUUUAUUUUUAGCUGCUGAACUGCCAAAACAGUGUUGCCAUUUUCAAGGGCAGGGAAAAGGGAGUAAAAGGUGUAUUUUUGUCGUAUGUGAUAGAAUAUUUUGCUGCACAUGCAUCAACAAAUUACAACAUAUUUUGUACACGAAUAAACCCAUUACAAGAAUGUAAUUUGGGGUAUGUCACUGACUAUAGAAUUACAAUUAGCUGAA